AUGAACUCCCUGAAUACGACUUCGGCUCCACCUCCUUUGGGAGAACAACCCAUCACGCCGAUGAAACCCUUCGUUGCUUCGCCAUCACCGAAGACAUUGACUUCUCGAAUCAUCUCGUCGUUAAGGUAUACUUUUAAUUUCUGCCCUUACAGAGACAAGGUUUUCUCGUCUUGUCAGAGAUUCGAUCACCAGGAACUCCAUGCUCACCAAUCUGAAUACGGGGCUGUUGCUACCACACCUGCCCACAAUUUCCCGUUUUCAAACUCCAAGCCUGCUUUGAACCACGUUUUAGGGCCAAGCCUGAGGAGUACAGCAGCUUGA